UCUUGUGAGAAGAAUCAAAGAAAAAAAAAAUCAAAAACUUUAAAAUUUUGCAAAAGAUAUAUAUAAACAAUUGAAUUACCACCACAUGAUUUUCUGAUUUGUGAAUGCGUCAUUGCCUACGGUGGUUGCCUCUUAUUAUCCCCCACCACCACCACUGCCUUCUAGCCGCCACCCCUCUCUCUCUCUCUCUCUCUCUCUCUCUCUCCAAGACUAUCAUGGAAACCAAAGAAGAAAUUCACGUACUAAUGGUAGCGUUCUCAUCCCAAGGCCACAUCAACCCCAUGCUCCGACUAGCCAACCGCCUCAUAACUUCCCAAAAAAACCUCCACGUCACCCUCGCCACCACCGAAGUCGCCCGCCACCGCAUGCUCGCCUCCUCCUCCACCACCGCCGCCGCCGACUCCGCCCACUCCGUCGCGAAAAUCCGCUUCGAAUUCUUCUCCGACGGCCUCCCCCUCGACUACGACCGCAAGUCUAACCUCGACCACUUCAUGGACUCCCUCGCUGCCGCGGGCCCCGCAAACCUCUCCGCCAUAAUCCAAAGCAACCACCCCACGGAAUUCAACUGCGUGAUCACGAACCCGUUCAUUCCGUGGGCCGCUGAUACGUCAGCGGCCCACGGAAUCCCAUGCGCCAUGCUCUGGAUACAACCCUGCGCUCUCUACUCCAUAUACUACCGCUUCUACAACAACCUCAACCCGUUUCCGACGGUGAAAAACCCGGACUUACCCGCGGAUCUACCCGGGUUGCCCUUGCUUAAAACAGAGGAUUUACCCUCUUUCGUUCUCCCUUCCAAUCACUUUAGCGUGUUCCCGAAGUUAUUCGACGGGUUGUUCCGGAGCAUGGGGAAGUUCAAGUGGGUUCUCGUUAACUCGUUCGAAGAACUCGAGAAGGAUGUCAUCGGGUCCAUGUCGGAGAUCCACCGGGUCAUGCCGGUCGGGCCGCUGGUGCCGCAGGAACUGUUGGGUGAAGAUCGGGCGGAUGAUGCUGUGGGUGGAGUAGAUAUGUGGAAAUCCGAUGACGAUUGUAUCGGGUGGCUUGAUCAGCAAGGAGCGUGUUCUGUUGUUUACGUCUCGUUUGGAAGCAUUGUGGUGUUAUCGGAAGAGCAAAUGCAGAGUAUUGCGACGGGUCUGAAGAAGAGUGCCCGGCCGUUUCUUUGGGUGGUGAAACGACCCGAUUACCAGGACGGUGCAGAGAAAGCGUCAUUUGGGUUUCUAGAAGAAUUGAAAGGGCAAGGCCUUAUUGUGCCAUGGAGUCCUCAAAUAAAGGUUCUAAUGCACCCAUCAAUUGGGUGCUUUCUGAGCCACUGCGGAUGGAAUUCGAUGUUGGAAACGAUUGCCGCAGGCGUGCCCGUAAUCGCAUACCCCCAGUGGACGGAUCAGCCAACGAAUGCCAAGCUUAUUACAGAUGUGUGGCGGAUAGGCGUGCGGGUCAUCCCGAACUCAGACGGUGUUGUAACCGGUGAGGAAGUGGAGAGGUGCAUUGAGGAGGUUAUGGGCGGGCCGAAUUCGGAGGAGUUUAAGAAAAAUGCGGCGGGGUUAAAAGUGGCUGCUCGAGAUGCGGUGGCAGACGGUGGAUCAUCGGACCGGAACAUAAAGUUGUUUGUGGAUGAUAUAAUUGGCCAUUCCAGCACAUGAAAGUUGGGAUUGAAAUUCAUGUGCUGGAGGGAUUGAAAUUUUCGUAUAUCGAAUAAUCGUUGCUCGAGUUGCACCGUCAAACAAUGUACUAGACCAAAAAAACUCAUGCAACGAAAAGUAAUUAUAAAAUUGUUCGGGACUACCACCACGUGGUACUUUGGACCACUUUACAAUAUAUGUUCCUGUAGGUUCCAUAUAUUAAUGGUAGACCCCACAGAAAUAUGUAGUUGUAAAGUGGUCCGGAUUAUCAUGUAGCGAUAGUCCCAAACAAUUGUAUGAAUGAAGGGGGACGCAUCUAAUAAUACGCGAUUGAUGUGUGGUUGGGAUUGAAUUUUUGUAGACGGUAUUUUUAUGUGGAAAUUGUAUUCUUGCGACCCAUUGUAUUCGGAGAAUUUAUCGAUUCAAAGUACUUGAACUAUUAACCCCAA